AUGCAUCGUCGAUUUUCCUCUCUGAUGAAGGCGUCCGAAGGGUCGUCGAGGGAUAUGGAGACCGAGUCCAAGGUUUCGACUAUCAAGGAGGAUGACGAGCCUUUGACGCCGCCGACGUUGAAGAUUAAGCGCGUUGAUCAUUAUUAUAGCAGGUGGUCGAAGAGCUGGAAGUAUCGGAACACGAGCUCAAACGUCGCUGUCGAAAGCGUUCCUCUGUUGCGAUCAGGAGACAAUGACCCUUGGAAGGACUUCAGCUUUGUCAUCGUGCGCAAGCUUCCGCUCCGCGACGAUCUUGUUGCUUUGAUGGAGCCGACCUUCAAGGUUGUCAUCAAAAGCGAGUACAUCCUGAAAGCUUGCAAGGACGUCAUUCAAUCGUGGCCCGGAAUUUCUUGGAACUCUGAUCCUUUGGAGCUUGACCCCGAGGUCUUCUUGACGUACCUCGACGAGUUCAAGGAAUACCGCGAUCACCUUGCCUCCAAGAAGCCUCAGAGCCAGCUGGACACAUACGUCCUUUCCUCCGUUGACCUUCUUCUCUCCUCUCUCAACUCUGACUAUCGGAACACCAUUCGUACUAUCAACAAGCUGAAAUCUCAUGGUGAGAUCACCUGGGAUCUCCUCUACUCCAUCCUCGUGCCGCGCUCUAUGCUCGUCACGCGCUGCGCUGUCACCGGCGCACCGCGUUUGUUCAAGCUGAAGUCUGCUGUAAGCACGAACGUGGAAGGCAUGAGGUGCUAUCAGCUGAGCUGCGUGAGCGUGGACCUCGUAGAUCGGCCCCUCACCCAGACUGUUGGGGUAUCGAACGUCACUACGCAGAUCCUUAUCAAGAGGUUCAAAGGGACGGUUAAGAUCGACUCGUUGGAUGCCUAUCCCAUUAGGUUCCACCCUGAUGCGGCCAAGUUGAAGGAGACGGUUUUGCAGCGAGGCAAGAAAUGGUCUGUUCUGCGGGGGAUCCACCAUAUGCAGUUCAAUGGCAUCGCGGCGCUGAAGUGCGGGGAUAGUAGGCUCUUGAGGCACAAUGUCAAGGGAAGGAUCAUGGUCGAUCGUGCUUCCUUCCGGCGCUUCAAUCCUAACUACAAGUAUCCUACUGCUGUAUCUAAGGCAGAGGGAACUCCGCAUCUAGAUCCUUACGGAAACAUUGUGGAUGCGGAACCAGUGCCAGUGCUCGGACAAUAUGCUAAUGUCCUUAACGACACUUUUGAAGGCGUUCUUGUGGACUCCCAUCUCCGCGACGAGGAAAGCACAGACGAUGUCGAGCUGACAGAUGAAGAACUUAUGCUGACACCCACUGUGGUUUUCGGAUUCAGUCUUUCCGACAAACUUUGGUUGGAGUUCGAUGUCGAGAAGAUUUCCGAUGUAGAAUGGAACAAGGAUGCCUUUGCCAAUCUUGUUCUUCCGACAGAUCGCAAGGACCUCUUACAGUCUCUCGUUGAGGCACACCAUCGUGAGCUCGGGUUCGAUGACUUCAUCAAGGGUAAAGGUCAUGGUCUCGUUAUCAACCUGUUCGGUCCUCCGGGAGUUGGUAAAACCUUCUCUGCCGAAGCGACUAGCGAGCACGUCAAGAGACCCUUGUACCUAGUCGGUGCUGGUGAUCUGGGCACGGAUGCAAACAGCCUUGAUAUGGCUCUCGAGCGCGUGUUUGAGGUCGCUACAACGUGGAAAGCCAUUGUCCUGAUCGAUGAGGCCGACGUUUACCUUGAACAACGUUCCCUCCAUGAUCUUGUACGGAAUGCCAUGGUCGCUGUCUUCUUACGUCAUGUCGAGUACUAUCGGGGUAUCCUCUUCCUGACUACCAAUCGUGUCAAGGCAUUCGACGAGGCCUUCCUGUCGCGUAUCCACGUCGCACUACAUUUCCACGAGCUGCCUCUCGAGUCCAAGAUGCAGGUCUGGGCCGCUUUCAUCGCCAAGGCCGGAGCGUCGGCGGAUAUUACUCCGCAGCAAAUUCAGGAACUGGCGAAGCGGGACGUGAAUGGCAGGCAGAUCAAGAAUGCAGCAAGGACCGCACAGUCAUUGGCCGUGGGCCGUGGAGAGAAGCUUGCGUUCAAGCAUUUCUUGAGCACGUUGGAUGCCAUGGAUGACUUUACGAAAGAAUUUCAGAGCAUGAAGGCAUGA